GUGCACCUGAUGAGAGGCUAGCCGCGGGAAUUGGAAAUCUCUGUGUCACUGAAACAGACCACACACUAAAUAAGCUUCCGAAGCUGCGACUUCUCCAAACGUGCUCCCUCCCGUGCUCCUGCUUCCUUCUUCCACAAUGGCAUCAAGGCGAAUUGGCCUCUCACUGCCGCUGUCAGCACCGAAAACCACAGCCCGAACCUUGUACUCGCCGCAUCACACGCUCUGCAGAGUUCCGAUAAUAGCCAGAGCCGGCCUGUCGAAAGCUCAGAUCAGGAUGUCGACCAUAGCUUCCUUCAAGAUCCCCAAGGUGGCCAACGAGCCGAACCAACACUAUGCGAAGGGCUCGGCCCAGCGGGAGGGGCUGACUGCUGCCCUCGAAGCUCUCAAGAGCAAAGGGCCCCUGGAGGUACCAAUUGUAGUCGGAGGGAAAGAGAUCAAGACGUCGUCGACCGGGACCCAGGUGAACCCUGCGGAUCACAAGACGGUAAUCGCAAAAUACUCCAAGGCGUCUCCUGAGGAUGUCGGCCGCGCGAUCGAGUCGGCCCUGGCGGCCAAGGCCAGCUGGGCGUCUCUCCCGUUCCACGACCGGGCGGCCAUCUUCCUCAAGGCAGCCGACCUCAUCUCGACCAAGUACCGCUACGAGAUCAUGGCGGCGACGAUGCUGGGCCAGGGCAAGAACGCGUGGCAGGCCGAGAUCGACUCGGCGGCAGAGCUGUGCGACUUUUUGCGCUUCAACGUGCAGUACGCAGAGGAGCUGUACGCGCAGCAGCCGCAGCACAACUCGCCGGGCGUGUGGAACCGCGUCGAGUACCGGCCGCUCGAGGGCUUCGUCUACGCCGUGUCGCCCUUCAACUUUACGGCCAUCGCCGGCAACCUCCCAGGGGCGCCGGCGCUCCUGGGCAACGUGGUGGUGUGGAAGCCGUCCGACUUCGCCAUUGGGUCCAACUGGCUACUCUACAACAUCCUCCUGGAGGCGGGCCUGCCGCGCGACGUGGUGCAGUUCGUGCCGGGCGACCCAGAAGAGGUGACCAAGGUGGCGCUCUCGCACCGGCAGUUCGCGGCGCUGCACUACACGGGGAGCACGGCCGUGUUCCGCAAGCUGUACGGCCAGGUGGGCGCGGGCGUGGGCGAGGGCCGGUACGUGUCGUACCCGCGCAUCGUGGGCGAGACGGGCGGCAAGAACUUCCACGUGGUGCACUCGUCAGCCGACGUCGAGAACGCGGCCGUGCAGACGGUCCGGGGCGCGUUCGAGUACCAGGGGCAGAAGUGCAGCGCCACGUCGCGCCUGUACGCGCCCGAGUCGCUCUGGCCCCAGCUGAAGCAGCGGCUGGUGGAGGAGACGGAGAAGCUCAAGGUCGGGGACCCUGGGGACCACGGCAACUUCAUGGGCCCCGUGAUCCACGAGGCCUCGUUCAAGAAGCUGUCCGGGGUCAUUGACGAGGCCAAGUCGGACAGCAAGCUGAAGCUGCUGGCUGGUGGCAAGUACGACGGUUCCAGGGGCUACUUUGUGCACCCGACAAUCUACGAGACGACAGACCCGCAGCACAAGCUGCUCUCGACGGAGCUGUUUGGCCCGGUGCUGACGGUGUACGUGUACGACGACACCGGGGCGGACCCGGCGGCGGCCUUUGGCGAAGUGUGCAAGCUGGUGGACUCGACGUCUGAGUACGGGCUGACGGGGUCCGUGUUCGCGGCGGACCGGGCGGCGGUGCGGUUCGCCGAGGAGGCGCUACGGGGGUCGGCGGGCAACUUCUACGUCAACUGCAAGAGCACGGGCGCCGUGGUGGGGCAGCAGCCCUUCGGCGGCGGCCGGGCCAGCGGCACCAACGACAAGGCGGGCAGCCAGAACCUCCUCGGCAGGUUCGUCAGCGUCCGCACCAUCAAGGAGGAGUUCAACACGACGACGUCGGUGCUGUACCCCAGCAACCUGCCUUGAGAAGGCCAAGCAAGCAAGAGGGGCACGCGCCGGCUGUCCGGGAGUGGGAGCCGGCGAGGCUCUGCUGCCGGCGGGCAGGUUUGGGUCUCGGCAGUGGGUCUGAUGACUGGUCGCCUCCUGAUGGGUCAGUCGCUGCUGUGGGCAUCAUGUUUCGCACGUGCGUGCCGUGUGUGUGUUGCUUAGAGGGCACUCUGUUGAUAGGGUUCCUAGAACAAGCUGCCUGCCGAAACUGUAGGUGGGCAAGUAUAUCCGGUAUCCAACUAGGUAUAUACUACUU